AUGUCGUCCCUCUCACGCACCCCCCCAUUGCUGUUUCCGGCAACCGCGCGGCACACCGCAACCGUCAUCUUCCUCCACGGCCUCGGAGAUACGGGCCAUGGCUGGGCCGGUGCGGUAGAGAACUGGCGCCGGCGCCAGCGCCUGGAUGAGGUCAAGUUCAUCCUGCCCCAUGCGCCGGCCAUUCCUAUUACUUGCAACUGGGGGAUGAGGAUGCCGGGGUGGUUUGAUAUUUACAAACUCGACGGCGACAUCAACUCCCUCCGCGAAAAGGAGGACAAAGACGGCAUCACGCUAAGCCAGGCGUACAUCCACGAGCUCAUCCAGAAUGAGAUCGCAGCCGGGAUCCCCGCCGAGCGGAUCGUGCUCGGCGGCUUCAGCCAGGGCGGCGCCAUGAGCAUCUACGCCGGCCUCACGUCCAAGGUGAGGCUCGGCGGCAUCGUUGCGCUUUCCUCGUGGCUGCUGCUGAGUCUCCAGUUUGCUGAGCUGGUGCCCAAGCCUGAGUUUAACAAGGAGACACCUAUCUUUAUGGGCCAUGGCGACUUGGACAAGGUGGUGCCUACGGCGUUGGGGAGGCUGUCGUUUGACUUGUUGAAGGGGUUGGGGUACUCCAUUUCGCGGAAGGAAUAUCCAGGCUUGGAGCACUCGGCAUGCCUGGAGGAACUAGACGACGUCGAAGCCUUCCUCAAAGAACGGUUGCCAGCCGUGGGCAAUAGCAACGAGGGCAAAUCCGAGCUCUAG